AGCCGCGACUUUUGGAAACUGCAUGCACGUGUAUUCCUGGGAUGGUGGUGGUAAAUUUAAUGUAUUCCCUUUGAUGAGAUUUUAAUCUUCCAUGAGGGGGACUUUCCAGCAGCCCCCUCUCAUUUUUGCUUCAUGCUACAAGAUUUCAGACGCUUUGGUUUGUCCCAUCUGAGAAUAAGAAGCAGAGAUAUGGUCUGAGACCAGAGAGGGCAUCAAAGACCUGGGGAAACUGUAUACAGGUACAUUAAUUUUGUACUGCAACACUGAAUGUCAGACCACAAGGGGGUGGCUGGACCACAUCAAAGAGCGUCUCCCUGUGAAUGGGAUGAUCCUGUGCUCCGCAUGAAUUAAACACGACCGUCUUAAGGCACGUGUGUUGCUCCACAGCCAAAUAAAUGCCCUCCUUGUCUGUAUUUCCAGGCAAGUUGUGUAUUUCUGUGCUAACGGGGACGCACUUAACGAGGAGAGUUGUGUUUUUAAGUGUGCUUGGAGACUCCGAGCGGAGUCACAGGAAUUUGUGUGCGUGGCUGACGUCAGGAAAACCUCACAUGCAGAGUGCAGCCCACUGCUAGUGGGCUGGGUGCUGCGCUGAGGAGGAUCCGAGCAGCAGCCGUGGGAGACGAGGGCUCAGUCCGACCUUGUCCGGCGCACAGUUGCGCGUAAACGCUGCUGCAACACUUGGCCGUUUGACGGUGGUCGGUGCUGUGUGUAGUUUUCUUUUCUUUUCAUUUGUAACCCAUUUACUCCUGGGGCUGAGUGUGCACGGGAGAUCGACACUACUCCAAUCCUCUUCCGCAUAUUCGAUUUCCAUGCAGAGAGAAGGUCGUCUGCGUCUUUCCAAGGAUUCGGGAAAUGAAGACAGCUGUCCACAACGACUCGGGACAUUUCUGACUUUUGACGCGUUUCUUCAACAGUUUUAAUUUGGGAAUUUUUCCCAACUUUGACAGCGUUUUUGCUUCUUAACUGGGAUUCCUAGUCGUACUGCUCGCAUUACAGUAUAUAUUAAAACAGUUUUUUUUCUCAGCGUGGGAAAAACGCGUGAGGCGCACACAUCGAUAAUAAUGAUGCAUUCCAUUUAGGACAGCUUUUGUAUGUACUUGGUGCCAAAUUCUGCUGGAAUGGCGAGCGAGUGUAACCGCUAUAUAGUGGAAAAGUACAUCUGCCAUAAACUCGCCAAGCGUGGGUACGUGUGGGAGCACGACGAGGACCGAGAUGGAGACGCUGCUAAUAAUGGCUCAAUAGUUUCCCGUCCACCGACUCUGGUUCACCGGUGCCGUGGUGCCAGCACCGGGCCUGGGAACGACGGCAUCCCUAACCUCUGCAAACGGCCACCUGCGCCCGAGGCGCACGCCGCCAUUCACAGAGUCCUGCGCGAAGCCGGAGACGAACUGGAGCGACUGUACCAGCCGGACUUCUCAGAGAUGUCACGGCAGCUCUAUCUCACCUCCAGCACGGCGCAGAGGAGAUUCACCGAGGUGAUUGACGAACUGUUCCGGGACGGCGUGAACUGGGGCCGGAUUAUCGCCUUCUUCGAGUUUGGAGGCGUCGUGUGUGUGGAGUGUGCGGCUAAGGAGGACUUGACGCCGCAAGUGGAGCAGGUCGUGGACUGGAUGACAGAGUAUUUAAAUGGACCUCUUAACAUCUGGAUUAAAGAGAACGGGGGAUGGGAUGCCUUUGUGGAGCUGUACGACAGACAGGGGGAGUCUGCCUUCAGCUGCUCCUGGCCCUCCAUCAAGACCGUCUUUGGUCUGGCUGCACUGGGGGCCGCCAGCCUCACCAUCGGAGCGUAUCUGACCCAGAAGUGAAGGAGACCUGCGCUCUGUCUGCUCAACUUUAUUUCCCUCACUUCCUGCGCCCUUUCCCUUGCUUUUGUGCCUCUCUGUAUUCCUUUUAAAGAUGCUCCUGACCCCGCAGAGACGGGCUUUAGACUCUUUUGAAUCUGGUUCUCUUCAAAGCCUUCUUUCACUAUAACUCCCUCUUCUUCGCCCCUUCAUGUCAAAACAGACACAAAUCAAAACAAGUGGAAGAGCCAGAUGCAUGGCCCAUGCAGAGAAAUGGACGUCUGGAAAAGUGGAGGCUUAGAUGUAAUCGCACUAAGUUGAAAGAGAAAGAGAGAGAGAGAGGAAUGCCUCUCUUUUUUGUUUUGUGUUUUUUUUUUCUGCCUGCUUCUUUACUAGUUAGAGCAUGAAAAGUGAGUGUUAGUGUAGGUGCUGCAUGUGUCAGGGUGUAAACCAGACUCCUGUCUGAAGGACUUGAUGAUCGAGUGAAAGGACAAUGAAGGUGAUGAUGAUUAUGAUGAUGAUGAUGAUGAUGUUGAUAGUGGUGAUGAUAAAGAUGCCAUGCUGGAGAGAAAGAAUACCCAUGUGUUGCCCCCUGCUUGUUAGGCUGAAGACCCUCGUUUGAACUGUGGACUCCACUUUUCCUCCCUACAGCCGUCCUUCAAAGGACUUCCUCCACAGAGCAGCUGCUCAGCAUGUCGAAUAAUGGACGCAUCUCAGAAACCGGCACAGCGUGUGUCCGUGCCGCUUUCACGCCUCAGACAGCUCCGCGGAGUGAACGCCGUACACACUGCUCCAUUGUACUCUCCCUGGUCUGUGCUACAGGAGUAUGAGACAGCGAAAGACUGAGCUCAGCUUUUCAGAGUUAUGGAAAGCAGCCUUUUUUUAACUUUAUUUUUAAUAUUAAUUUCAUUUCUUGGCACACUCUAAACCCGGCAGAGAUGUUUUUUCUUUCUAACCAGUAAAAAACACAGCAGAGAAACCUGUCACUGUAGAGGAAUGAUGGUUAAAAAAGUGAUGACCCAGGCACAAAACGGUGCGUCUGCAUUUGGAAUUUUAAUAUCUGUGUAAACCUCACGCAACAUACAGUGCAUUUGGGAUGGGGUGCAUCCAAAGGUGCCUCCAUGUGAGGGCAUCGCAUCCACCUGAAAAAAUCUUAAUAGUGUUUUUUCUAAUACAAUGACGAAAUACAAAAUAAUUUUGGUUUUGUCGAGAUAACGAGGUAAAAUUUCCUAAUAAAAGUACAAAGCUCUGUUUUUUCAUGAAUAAUUCAAAUAUUCUAAUGGAAUUUUAUGCCACACAGAUGGUUUAAACACCAACCUUUUUUGCAAAUAACAAUAACAGUUAAAGAUAUUUCAGCAGACUAUUCCCCCUCAGACGGCCUCCUUGUUGUUAGCUCUAACCCAGCAGUGGUUUGGUAUUUUCUACCUCUGUUGCAGUUGUUGUUUUUAAUAUUCUCACAGUCCAUGCGAGUUGACAAAGGAUGGAGUUGAGGUGGCUCUGUCAUGUUCUGGGUCUGCAUUCUACCUAAGCCCACACCACGACUCUGUCAUGUCAGAAUCCACCAUUGUUUUUGGUGUGACAUGGCACCACCCCUGGAAACAGGAAGUGGUUUUGGAACCUGAGACGUUGUCACUGUCUGUCUGCAUCCAGUUAUUGAUUUUAUUCUUUCAGUCUGUUUUUUUUUUUUUUUUUUUUUUGGUUGAUGUUGGUCUUGUGUUACAGUCUGAGAGAAAAUUUAGGGCUGUCUUGGGGAUGUUGGGAGAUGGUUUGCAGUAGAGGUCGUGGCAUGUGGUUGAAUUUAAGAUGACAUUCAGACAGGCCGGUUGCCAAGAUUCAAUGAAGAAAUGUGAAAACAAAAAAUGAUACAAAUAACAUAAAAAACAAGUAAUGUAGAUAAAAGUCUAACUUUCACCUGGUCGGACUGUUUUGAGUCUUGACAUGUGUCUCUGUGACCUGUUGCCAAGUAACUCAUGGGCGGCUACCGGUCUGUGGCCUGGUGGUUGAGAACCUCUUCAAUACAAUACAGCAAAAGUUGGUAAAAAAAAUCUUUUGUUUUUAUUAAUUUUAUUUUUGUUAAGUUGUUAACAGACCCUGUCCUCACACAAUGAAAUAUAACCAUACAUAUAUUCAUGGAAUAGGUUAGAAAAUAACAGAGAAGUUGCUUUUUUUUUCUAUUUAUUACGAGGUACCAGAUCAGAUUUCAAACAUUUCUUUGACUAGAACGGCAUUUCCUGUUCUAUGGAUUAACACUGUAACUACAUUUUUUCCUGGCUGCUAAUAUAACAAAAAAAAAGAUUAAAAAGUGAUUUUCUGUGUUGUAUUAUAAUUGGCUUAAGGCUGCUAUACUGUUGAUUCCACUUUUAUUUUACAGCUUACAACUGCCACAAUUUAACAGUAUAGUUCUAGAGAGCUAGAAACCAAAGGUAACAUGUAUUAAUCUUUACUUUAAAAGGACAAAAAACAAAAGAAAAACACACAAAAAGUCAAAUAGUAGCUUGAUGGUAAUAUACUGUAUGUCGCUGGACUUCACUGCUGCUCAGUGAUGGUUUGUGAUCUCUCUGUGGAGGGUUUAUCUCGUGUUACUGUACUAUACCAGAUUAACUUUGUGCUCACAUAAUUAUAUGUAAAAAUGUUGACAUGCCAGCUCUGAAAACGCACGCACACACACACACACACACACACACUGUUUGUUUGGUUCUUUUUUGUUUUGUUUUGCAAGCAGUUCACAUAGUGCAUAGUGCAUUAUUCAAAUAUUCUCCUUACCCUGAUCCCUAACCUAACUCUAAUCUCACCCUAAUCUUAACCCUUACUCCAAACGAAAUCUUGAACCUCAAAAUAUCCUAAAAGUCCCCACAAGGACAAAGUGUCCCUAUAACAAUGGCCUUGUCCCUACAAGUGUCGCUCUAUCAACACACACACACACACACACACACACACACUCACCAACCUAAUCAUUGGGAGUGUGUAGGAGAGGAAGAGUCCAACAGCAAUAUACUGUAAGUUUGAUAUUCUUUGUGCAUUUAUGAAUGUAGGGCACUAUGGUUGCUGUACUGUUUUAUGUCUAUAAUUGCAAACCUGUAGCACUUAAAAAAAUGUGUUUCUGUUGUUUACUGCUAUAUCAACGAUAAGCUAGUGGGAUCAUAUUGUUCCUAAUAAACUGAUUUCUCAAAUGUC